UGCAAAAGUGAAAAAACGGCUGUGUGUUGGAGGGCGCGCUAGAUCAUGCAGGCUACAUUAUGGUUUGUGUAAAGCAUUGUGUUACAUUUAUGACGAGGACCAAACAUUUUUACAGAAGGAUUUAUACUCUCCGAAGUUUGGAGCAAGGGAGCCAAAGGAAACAUGGCCGAAGGAGGAGUGGGGAAUGGUGGAGGGAGCCUUCGUUCCGAGGUGCUGGAAGGCACUGGAUCCUCGCCCAUGUUCGGCACAGGCCACUGUAAGUGGUUUAAUGUACGGAUGGGCUUUGGAUUCAUAUCGAUGACAAAUCGCGGAGGAACUCCUAUUGAUCCUCCAAUGGACGUAUUUGUUCACCAAAGUAAGCUGUACAUGGAGGGGUUUCGGAGUCUGAAGGAAGGUGAGGAAGUUGAGUUCACGUUCAAGAAGUCUUCCAAAGGCCUGGAGUGUGUGAGGGUGACUGGGCCUGGAGGAGUGUACUGCAUCGGCAGCGAGAAAAGGCCCAAAGGGAAAAAUGUGCAGCAAAAACGGAAGCCAAAGGGAGACCGCUGUUAUAAUUGUGGUGGUCUGGACCAUCAUGCCAAAGAGUGUGGCCUCCCUCCUCAACCCAAAAAGUGCCACUACUGCCAGAGUGCCUCCCACAUGGUGGCGCACUGUCCUCACAAAUCACCCUCAGCCACUCAGGGAAGAUGCAGCUUAGAGCCACCUAGCACAAGCUCGGUCCAAAGUUCAAGCCCUCAAAGAUCCUCACACACAUCUCAGGACAGCUCCAACCUUAGCAAAGCCUCCAGCUCUCCCACACCAAAAGCUGCCUCAUCACAAAGAAAAAAGAGGAAGAAAUGAGUCGCUUUAUCAGCACACCAGUCUUUCAGGCUGCCUCGUUUUAUCCAGUUCCUCAUCAUGAGAAUUCUGCUGGACUUACCCUACCUCAGACCAAUGAGUAAAGGCCAGGUUGACAUCUCUGGAUCUCUUUAACCUAAAGAGAGGGAAUGUGCGCUGCUUUCUUUAUUCAUGAUCAACUGCACUGUGAACGAUUAUUUAGGAAGCGCAAAAGGCUGUCCAGUGCUUUUAAGACACUGAUACCUUAUGCACAAAAUACAUCUAUCUAGAAUGCAUUUUACUAAUUUUAUUGUUAAGCUGUUUAUUCUUAACCAUAUUCUCUGAUUGAAUGCAGUAUAAAGCAUUUUAAAAUGGCUGCAGGGAUUCUUGACUUCUGUAGGCACACUGUACAAUCUUGAGCCAAAGAAAAUAAGAGAUUGGAGCAUUCGUGUUUUUAAAGGUUUAAACAAGCUUCUUGUAUCAGUAUGCUUAAUUCCCCUUUCCACUGUUCUAAAGCCAGAAAAAUCUAUAU